CGGGAGGAGGAGCCCCGAGCCCAAAGAGCCGAGAGGAGAGAGAGAGAGGGAGGACAGUCCAUUCGUCCUCCCUCCUCUCUCUCGCUGUUAUACUCGUUUGCGAUUCUUUCCGUCCCAUUAAUCGCCGUGGACGCGGUUUGAGCCUCUGGUGGUUUGGGGGAAGGGGAAGGGGAGGGGGAGGGGGCUGGCCAGCGCUGGUCCUGCGCUCUAUGCUGAACUCGGAAUUAUCAUCGUUAAUCCCGAGUUACUGCGGUCGGUAAUUGUAAAGUGAGCCUCUUCUUUGCAUUUUGGGGCUUUGUGCUGUAGCCGAGUGUGUCAAAAGCGAGAGGGAGGGCGGAAGCGAGCGAUAGAGGAAGAGGAAGAGAAGGAGGAGGAGGAGGAGAAGCAGUCGACCUGUUUGCGGGACCUGAGACGCUGUUCUGGCAACCCUGGCUUGCCGGGGUCAGCAGCAUUCGGGUGGUGGGGGGAUUGCAUCAGACACAGGCGCACUUAAUUACCCUGUGUCUUGCUUGCUAGAUUGGUCCCGAUUGUGGAUGAAAUGCCUGUUGCCGACGACUGAAGACAUUUACGCGGUUGGUCACAGGGAGAGGCCGGGACGACGGUGGACGACAGUAGGGGCGUGGCUUUGAAGCGUUUUCGGCAUUGCGGGGAUCCGUUCGUGCUUCCGGAAAAAUUGUCCUUCCUGGCUGAGUUUUUGGUGGUUGAGGCUGUUCUUCAUUUCUCGUGGAGCCAAUUGGGACGAGCCAUAAGGUUGCAUCAAAUCUGAGAGGAUUUUGAAGUAAUUUAUGAAAAAGAAUCUGAACUGUUGGUCAUUUUGAUGAAAGUGUCCUGAGCAGUUUAGAAAGGUCGCAGCCUGAUUCAAUUUCUGGAUGUCAUGCAACGAAGGGAGGUACUGUAAGCAUCGAGUCAAACUAUGUCACGUUUCAAACGAUUGUAGAAACCCUAGGCUCUCAUAGGAGACAUUUGAAGCGGAAACUGAUGGUCAUACAAGGCUCCAGCCUUGAGGUCUAGCCCCGUUGACUGUUGACUUGCCGUUUAGUGAAGAGGGACGAAGGUUCCACUGUCUGCUGUUUUGGAGAGGGACUUGGUUCCUGAUUGCGGUGACCUCUGAGAUAAUUCUCAAGAUCUCGAAGGUGCAGUGGAUUCUCCAGCCAUAGAGGUCUGUGCAUAGGUCAGAAGGGUAAGACGACCGACCAAGGGAUAUGGGAGAAUCAAUAGCAGAGGAGCUGGUACAACUUCUACGGGGAUUCAGUGCAUCACUCACGCUCAAGUUUUCUCACCUGAUUGCGUUUUUCCUCCGCUAUAAGAACGCCAGCUCAGCAGGUGCGAUCGCCGGUUUUGCCAUUGCUUUGGUUUGUACCUGGAAAUACCUGAAGACUCCAAGUCGUCAGCGCAACAAAAUCAACGACAAACGCGAUGCUCCUUCAUCCUCUAAUGCUCCUCCUAUGGAGACUACAGCCGAAGGCACAUCAACUGCUAUUGCCAAGUCUCUCACUCAACCCAUCCAACGUGGUGUUGUCAUUCGCGAUUCACCUCCAGCUACCCAGCUUACGUUGGCACAGAUGGUGAGGCGACAACUUCAAGGUGGUAGGAAGAUGACUUGCCAGUUAGUUGGAGUAAUACUCGAAGAAUCCACAUCCGAAGAUCUUCAGAAGCAUGCAGUGGUCAGGCCAGCUGUCGUCGAUGUUCUGUUGGAAGUUGCGCGCUCGUGCGAUCUAUAUCUUCUCGCAAGGGUCCUUGAUGAUGAGAGCGAGGCUUUGGUACUUGCUGCGUUGGAUGCUGUCGGUGUUUUUACCGUUGGUGGUUUAAACCGUAACAAGGUACUUUUCUGCUCAACAGAGGCGGGGAGGACUUCAUUUGUGCGACAGUUAGAGCCUGACUGGCAUGUCGACGUAUCUUCAGAAACCAUUUCCCAGUUGGCUCGGUUUAUCCGGCAUCAACUACAUAUCGCACCCGCGGGAGCAGCGCCAAUUGCAACGAACGUUUUUGGAGCUGAAUCACUGGAGUGCUAUUUUGGCUUGCCUGCGAGUGGUGGCUUCAUUUAGCUGGCAACCUUCAAAUUCCAAGGAUUCUCACUAUCCUUUGCACGAGUAGUUUCCCACCUGUAGUCUCUGAUGUUCCUAAGCGGAUUUCUUUUCCUCAGCCACUCUCUGUAGCUUGCAAGGAAUGGUGUGAAAUAGGGAGCUUUAAGAGCAGAAUUCAUGGAGAGCAUGAGAGAGAGAGAGAGCGAGAGCGAGAGAGAUGGGGAGGGAAGGAGAAGAGUUAUUCCAGCUUUAUGCUCUUAAAGUGGGGGUGUGGUAGACACUGGCGUUUUCUUCAGCAUAAAUUCGUGGUCUUUACAUGAAAUUUAACAAAUGUGAAGGGAUCUUUUCUCUGUCUAAUGUUAUAUAUUGGAAAAUUACUUAUGGGGUCCUGAAACUCUCUUGUUUUAGGUCCGCUCAAUUUUUAGACCUGCAGACCAGCUCCACUCAGGACACUUAGAUACUUUGUCACAUAGUUUCUAGAAAUUCGUGUAUUUUCGAAGGAAAUGAUACGUUCAAAUCAUUCGCCUCGCCAUGGGUCCGCGUUCAAUGAAUAUC